AGAUAAUUAAGAACGAUUCCUUCAUAUUUCCCUUGACUUUUCCAUAACCGGCCUUAAGAUUCUAAUCAAACAGUUCAAAAUUCAACCAGUAAAGGAAAAAGACCCAGGAAAAAGGAAGAGAUCCCAGAUAAUGGUGAUUAGGUACAGCAUCUUCGCAUCGUGUUGGUUAUUUUUGAUGGUCAACUUGACUAAGCCGCGUUUCACCGAGUCACGCUGUAAAGCUUGGUUGGUCCAAUCAAUCCCGACGGAUAUGCCGGAUCUCCGUCGAGUUCCCGGUGUUCUUUCUACAGGCGAUGUGUUCAAGUGGUUGGCUUACAACUCAACGGAGAAUCUGGACAUAAUUGCUCAGUACUGGCAAUUGAAAGCGAAUCCGGAGGAUUCUCGUUCGGGUGAUUAUGGAUACUCAAAUGCCGAUAUGCGCCGGUUCGGCGCCGAUCAAGGUUUUGAUGUUUAUACUGCCCUCGAGAACGCCGCCGAUCGAGACGUCGAUAUCAGGUUACUACAGCACUCCGGAGUGUAUCCAGACUACACCAAAGAGCCCUCCAGCCUUGCUUCAGGGAGACCAAAUGUUCAGAGUGUGACUUUAUUACUUGAAAAAUGGUGGGGUUCAGGCAUUGUCCAUGCCAAAGUUUGGGUCUCGGAUAAUCGAGACUUAUAUAUCGGAUCCGCGAACAACGACUGGAAAUCUCUUACUCAGGUGAAGGAAGUUGGGAUUUAUCUUGUCGGUUGUCCGAAAGUAGCGAGGAAGGUCGGUGUCUACUUUCAGAAUCUAUGGAGGCUUGCACAUCUCGAUGAAUCGAUUUACACGACGACGAUCUCGGACCAACAAUGGCAGAUUCAGAGAAAAGUCCCCUGCUGGUCACAUUUCAUUGAAUCCGACUUGAGAUGCACGCUGCAACUUCCUCGUUUCGUGGAGAUUCCGUAUGUCGCAGGGUAUCCGACGUUGUCGGACCCUAAAAUAUUGAAGUUGAUCAUCGAUGCUCCCGGAUAUGAUUAUAGAAGUCUGGUGCCUCAAUCGAGCUAUCUGUCUUUCGCUCCACCAGAGUUGUCGUUCGGCAGGUUCCAGCCCGAUGAACAAGGAUGGCUCGACACGAUUAAAUCGGUUGGAGACGGAGGGACCGUAAGGAUCAGUACAAUGGACUGGCUUGGUCAAUCCCAAUACAUGAAUCAAACAGUUUAUUGGUCAUCUCUUUCGACCGCCAUCUCCGAGAUUGUGUUCUCCAAGCAUGCUAAAGUGAAGAUACUUGUAGCCUACUGGUCACAUUUUAUAAACAACACUGAUCUCUACUUGAAGUCACUUCUUUACUCCAAUGUCCUUUGCUCUUCGUCAACGUUCAACAAGUGUUCGGGUAAAGUCCAGAUCAAGUAUUACAAGGUGCCGGGUUACAAUUCGACCGGACCGGCCGUUCGAGACGGUAAGCCGACCGAAUAUCCGGCUUUCACCAGAGUCAACCAUGGUAAGUAUGCGGUCAGCGACGUACGUGCUCACAUUGGCACCAGCAAUCUCAUAUGGGAUUAUUUCUAUACGACGGCCGGUGUUAGUUUCGGGACGUAUAAUCCGGCCAUCGUUUCUCAGCUUCGAGAUAUCUUCGAUGCAGAUUGGAAUUCGCCGUAUGCAGUUCCGGUUGAGGAGUUGAGUGAUGGUCAUACUUGUUCUAGUUGAUGGGGUUAGUUGCUAAGAACAUUAAGUUAAAAACCAUCCAUAAAGUUUAGCAGCAAAAGGAUGAACAAAUCCAUAUGAUAUAACAAAGUUGAGUUUCGAAUUUUAGACUAAUCCCCAUGCUGAAGAAUUC